GACGCGGUCAUGUGACCCGCCCCGCCGUGCGGGCUGAGGAGAACGGAGGAGGUGACAGCGGCCGCCGCGUGUCAGGACAUGGAGAACGCGCCGGAGAAACCUCUCACUUUAGAAGAAAAGACAAAGCUGAAGGAAAGGCUCGCCUUACUGAAGAAAGAAUACAAGAAGACCGUCCACCGCUUACAGAGAUCCCAGAGAGCCCAGAGGGUGAAAACACACGUCAAGAAAACCAUAGAAGAGCAGAACCGGUUAUUAAGCCAGGAACUGUCCAUACAAGACAGCGUCUUCAUAUUAGCAGGCUCUCUGGUUGACGCCAGUAAUGCUUCUAGAAAAGCCACCGAGUCAACGCAAAGUAUCGUCACCCCAUCAGCAGAGAGGAAGCCGUCCGUAAGCUUUAAUUUGUAUCCAGAAAUCCUCCACUGCGACAAGAAGUCACCUUCAUGGUCUGGAAGCGAAAGUAGCUGUCAGGAGCCCGGCGUAGCAAGCAAGACUGAGACUACCGGAUUGUCUAAUCCAAACCAAGGCAAAAGGAGCCGGCUGAAACUUAAUAGAUCCGCAAGGCAAGCCUUCUCAGAGGCCAUAUCCCCGAGAGUUCAGGUCAAUAGUACUGCGAGUAGUCUAGAAGAAAAGCGUAAUAGUAAUGAGGUGGAAACUACAAGGGACUCAGCGCUGUGCCUUACAGCAGAGGAUACACAGCAGAUAAAUGAGGCCGCUUUCAAUUCGGAGAGUACAAGACGUGUGCAAGUGACUCCUAAGUGUGAGAAUGACCUUGGUGUGAAUGUUCUUGUACAGCAGCAUAAUACGGAGGCCACAAGUUCUCCGGCGUCGCCUGUGUUUACAAAGUGCCUUAAGGAGGAUAUAAAGCUUUCCUCGGAGCAUAUAGCUUAUUUAUACCCUGGGGAGAAGGUUACACUAGAUACUGGGCAACCUAAAGUAGCCACAGAGCAUUCUCAGGAUCGUAGCAGAAAUAACAGCAUGCAUAGAGGUAAGGAACCAGCACAUAGUCACACUAAUAUACAGCAGAGGCUGACGAGUGAACAGAUAUCCUCAGUAACAAAGCUUCUUGGGGACACCUCUCAGGAUCUGACAUUGGAUGCCACCUGCAAUCUUCCACCAAUCCCUUCUAUUAUGGAGACAUCAUCUACUUCUCCCCCCUGCUCUGAGAAAUAUUCAGCGCCAACGGCUAAGUACCAUGGAGAGCCAUCUGGGUUUAAGAAAGAGUGCAGCCCACUCGACUCUUGCACGUUGGUGGAAGGACUUUUAUUCCCAGUUGAAUAUUAUGUUAGGACUACUCGCCGGAUGACCAGCUGCCAAAGAAAAGUGGACCUUGAGGCAGUAAUCAACAGCCACCUGGGCACGGCCAGAAAGGGGGCAAGAAGUGGACCUCGUCAGGCAAGCACCUCCUUAACUCCUUCCCUGCAGGUCAGUGGCGCUUCUUUAAGCAUCCCUAGCCACAGCGCUGCAAGAUCCAGGCGAGUUAGAGGUAGGAAAUCAUGUCCUGCUUCAGUGUCUUCUGGCCUCGACAACAUAUCAAAGAAGCUAACAUUUGGUUCUAGCACCAGCCCGAUAGCAGAUGGUUUUCAAGGAGUAAAAGAAACCAUUGAGGCGAAAGAACUGAGUAUCGAGACUUGUUCAGAAAAUCUGCAAAUUAAAGAAGGUUUGAAGAAAGUGGAGGAUGUCACCCUGCCAUCUGAGGGAAGGAGAAGAACACCGGAUGAUGGCAACCUUGGGUUACAUGCCUUACCUAACAACACAAACAUAAUACAGAGAUGUGUAUAUAACCUCAGGACCUCAGCGAAGACCAGUGAGCCAAGCUCGCCCUUUUUUCUGUUCAGCAGCGGACAAAAUCUGAAACAUCUCAUGGGCCAUUUAGACAUCACCGACUUCCAUUUGCCUGAUGAAGACUUCGGAGUCCUCAAACUGAAAAAGCUGAAAUCUGUAAGCCAACCGGAGCCGAGGUCGACCAACGAAAAGGAGAGGUACAGGGGGGCCUAUAGCACUGACGGCUCAACAAGGCCAGUCGGUGACUACUCGGCACUGCUACAUGGAGCAGUGGGGGGCUGCACUGAUGCGUCUCAGAGAAACUCAAAACUGACACUCGAGGGCUGCCCGAACGACAACCGAUCUCAACGAGAUGGGACGACAUCUUAUAUUUUCCUUACUAGGGCGACACCGGAGGUAUUUCAUCUCUCGCCCUCAAAAGAGAAGACUUGUGCCCCUGGUUGUCCAGUCAGCUGUCCCCUUCAGCAAGCCCCCCUAGGUUCUUAUUCUAAUGUGGACGUAUCCAAGCAUUUCUCAGACCCUGAGCUCAGUACUCCUGCGCCUAAUGCAAAUUGUGUGGAAACAUCAAGCACAAAUAUGGAGUCUACCAUAGCAGCGCCCUCUGAGCCACCGCCCAGCGUCCUGUCUCCUACAAAAGAAGUGGCUUGUAGUGUCCUCCUGUCAACCUCAAUGUGUUCUGUCCCUGUAGAUACUCAUGCGGAGUGUAGGCUCUUGGGGUGCACACCCGGCUUCCCUAUGUUAGGGUCAACGCCCGCUGUCUUCUCAUCCCCGCAGUGCAGCACUAUUCCUGCACCUUGUGAGGAUCGCACGCCCACAAGAACAGUAGAAUUCCCUCCAGAGGAGGAUUUGGUCACACAAGAUGAUGUAGAGACUGAUCCGUACAGUGAAUUAUUAAUACCCCCAUCAGGGGAUCACGUGUGUAUAGAGAAGAAAGCUUGUAGUCGCCCAGGACAUGAGACCAAUGAAUCUGAUCAACAUAACAUGGAAGGGAUGUUGGGAGGUGAUCAUAUCCACCUUGUCUCUGAAAUUAAGGAUACCUGCGGUGGUGGAUGUCCUGUAGAUCUGUGCUCUGUUUGGUGGGAAUUCUCUGGCUGUGUAGAUCUCUGUAUUGUAUCAGCUAGUGAGUUCUCGGUCUGUCUUUGGAGACCACAAGAAGUUUUCAUAUGGAAAUGCGUCCACACCUGGAGUUUCUCAGAGAUGCCGGUUAUCCAGAUUCUUCCGUUGUUUCAAGAGAAGAACAUGGUGUGCGUCGCUUUGGGAAAUCUAGACAUUAUGGAGAUCUGGGUGCUGUCUUCACAUCCAGAGCUGCAGACCUGGGAAAAGCAGUUGGUCAAGCGUGGGCACACCAAGACUGCCCAGGGUCUGUCCCGGCACCGUGUGGUCAGCAGCAGCGGAGCAGGAGGCAGUCAGGCGGUGGAGCUCUGGCAGCUAUCAGAAUGCGGAAGUGUGGCUGGUUCUCACGCUCUGGUGGCCCCUAACGACAGCAUCGUGGCUUUCUCGGAAGUGGAUGGCGAGAGGGACGCUCUGGUUGGAUCUACUGUGGACAACAAUCUAGUUCUCUGGAAUUCAGUGACCGGACAUCUCUUGAGUACAUUUUACAUCGGGAAUCUUUGCUCUGACCUCACAUGUAUAAGUGCAGCAUCGGACUCGGGUUUGUUGUUUUUAGUUGUUGGCAGCCUGUUCAGCAAACCCUGUGAGGUCACUGGUAGCUGUAUAUUCAAGCUGAUCGCCACCAACCCCCAGAGGGGAGCGAGUGCUUUUAUUAUGGCCUACAAGCUACUAGAGGGACUCAGUAGCAGAUACCUGGAAGGUGAUGUGAAGAAUCAAAGAGCGGCUGCCGUAUUGACUUGUGGAAGCAUUGCCCUCUGGGAUUUAUCCAGAAGCCAUUGCUCUGCUGUACUCCCUCCAGACCCCGAUACACCCUGGUGUCUGGUACGAUGGGGUAACAGGCCGUCUUGUUUACUUGCCGGACGUAAGGACGGGACCAUCUGCAUUUUUGAAUAUUCAGACCGGAGUUGACAGAAGACCUGGAGACGUUAUGGAACGGGGGG